UUGAAUGAUCAUGGGGAAGAGCCGGGCUCGCAGAUUCAAGCCGGUGGGGUUCACUCCUACUGCAGCCGUCAAACCCGCGGAGGGGCCCGGAGACCCGGAGAGCGCGGACUCGUCACACGCCGAGGACCUUCUUCAUAAAUUGCAGAGCCCUAGUCCUGAAGUCCGAGAAUUUGCUUGCGCCAGCAUCUCGAAGCUUGUCCAGCAGAAGCAAGUCAUCCCAGCCUUCCUCCAAAGAGAUGCCGUUCGAUGCUUGGGGCCGCUUUUGCUCGAUAAGUGCAUGUCCGUGCGCGAGACCGCUGCCGGCGCUUUACGGAACCUGAGCACUUGUGGAGGCUUCGAAGUAUGUGAUGACAUGGUGACCAGAGACAUCAUGACCCCCUUAGUGGCUCUUUUGAGGGAGUGCUCCACCCUUUUAGAUGCAACCUCCGAGCCAGCAGCAAACAGUAAAGACUUGACCAAAACACAAGUAGAAGAAAUUGCAAACCAAACCGUUAAUAUUCUGUGGAAUGUCUGUGAAAGCAACAGUAAGGCAUUGAGUAUCUUCAACAAAGAAAGCUGUGUACAGAUUGUUAUCCAGUGCUUAAGCAAGUUCCCAUUCAACUUGGAAUUGGCCGUGUCAGCAGCUUACUGCCUGCAGACGGUCACAGAAGAUAAUCCAGAACUUCUGGCCUCUUUUGAUGCCUCUGCUUUGAAAACGUUGGAGAAUGUGCUGAUGACCACUGCUACGACCAUGGAGAUGAGACUUCUGCAGACAUUAGUUGCAGGUACAGUGUGGAAUAUAAAAGACAGGAUACCCGCUUUCAGCCAGGCCGACUCCAUUAACGCCAUCUUAAGGAUAUUAGCAGAAGUCCUAUCUCAGGACGCAGGGCAGUUUAUUAUACAGAUGAAAGAAACUGAAUCUGUUCGAUUGAGAAAUGCCGCCUCUGAAUCUGAAGCAGAAGAGGCAACAACAAGUCUGGAGGACGCCUCUGUGAAUGAAGAGGAUGGGAUGGUAGACCGGGCUGUCAAGAAGCAGAUCCGAGAUAAUUUCUCAGAUUUAAUCCCAGUGUCAAAUGAAGAACUUAGACAAGCUUCUUUCUUAUUGGUGGCUCAUAAAUCUGCACUUGAGAUGAUUGUGAACCUGUGCUGCAGUGACGAGCCCUCGGAGGAUGAAUGGGAAGAACUUUCUAGCAGUGAUGAGAGCGAAUUGUGCCUAGAAAAAUCGGCAGCUGACGGAGGCCAGCUAAUGUCCCCCCUGUGCCUGUCUGCCGAAGUCCACUCUGCUCUCCUGAGCCACUUCAUCCCAAAGAAGGUGCUUGAAAAGACCCAUUUUCCAGAUGCUGCUGCUUUAGAAAUAUGUAGAAACAACUCUGCAUGGAAACCGUUAAUUGCAAAGAUGUGCACUGUCCAGCAUAGAGCCCUGACCUGCUUGCAUAACAUCUUGUCCAUGCUGGACAUCGAGAGCUUAGGAGGAGCGUCUGCGCUGCAGGAACUCGCUCAGCAUCUUUCAGAACUGGUCUUCACGCAAACCGAUGGGCCAAAACAGGAUGAAUUUUUGGAGGCGGCGUCCAGCGCUGUACGAGCAUUACUACAGACCAUGGCGUCUAAGGGAAUACCGCAGAGUAUGACUGCAGAGCAGGUGAUGAGCUUUGCUGAAGCUUGUGUGCAGAGCAGCAACGCCAGCACCAGGGUGAACGCAGUCAGCAUCAUCGGGGUUACAGGCAGCGUACUGGCGAAAGGCGACGGCACGGCUGAGAAGCUGAAGCUCAUAGGAAACUUCCUCCUUGGAAUUGCUGCAGGCGAUGUCUCCCUGGUAGUAUCUGGAGGGGCGCUAGACGCCAUUUUUGAUGUGUUUGCUGAUGGUGAUGAAGCUGAGAAGGCUGCGGUGGAGAUAAACUUGCUCCAGGCCCUUAAAAAAAUACAGCCGGCUUUUAAAUCAAAGCUUCGUAAAGAAGGCCGAGAGAAGUACAGCACUGACCAGUUAUGCGUCCUGGAUAACGUAAGAAGCAAUCUCAGACGCUUCAUACCUUACCUGGAGACGGUGGAGAGAAAGUUUAGGAACCGAAUGUAGAAGGAAGAACGUAUACGCCCUGUGCGUCCCAUCAAGAAGGCCAGGACAAUUCGGACAGAUGUUUUGUUUCAUAAAACUGCAGAUCUGUGAGGUCUAUUUCUCCAGUAUCUGUAGAUCGGCCCCUAAAUAUUCCAAAAGCUGAAUGUCCUUUACCCCCCCGGGCCUGAGAUGCUGUAUAUUCUCGUUUAGUUUUCAGGGGUUUUGCCUUUUCACGAUUUCAAAAUGAAUAGCCAAGGGUUUGCACCUCUGGACUGCGAAGUCGAUGUGCACUUUUGAUGUAUGGAGGGCUUUUAGUAACGUAAGCGACAGUGCAGUGAACAUUUUGAGGAAUUUUUUACUGACCCAACAUCCUGAACGGGUCUGGCAGUGCCCGCAUACAGACACCUGAGAGUCGGUGAAAUCGGUAGUACAAGCAUACGUUCCGCUGGUUCCUGUUGACUACAUGAUGCCGAUAGAGCCUCAAGCACAUGACUAGUUUUCAUCCAUGUGCUAUC